AGACAGACAGACAGACAGAGCAGUUGAAGGGCUUUGGCAGUUCAAAAUUCAAAUGUUUAAAUAAAUACAAGUAUUAUGAGCAAAUCAAAUAAACAAUUAACAAAAUGGGAGACUAUUCAUGAAACUUCUGAGUUGAAAUAUUAGUUUGAAAUCAAAGGGAAGUGUUGAUGUGUAGAUAUAGAUUGUAGUGCAAGAAGUGCUUAUCAGAAACAGGAAGAUCAGCUGAGUGUGUAACAGGAACCCCUCGGGCGUGUCGUUGUGAAUGUGUUUGAGCAGUCAGACAUCAGACCCAACAAAAGACGCUGGGAUGUCUGCCGUGAGGACAGAAGAUGCUGCUGACGGGAGGAGCACAGCUAACGGACGAGGAGUGUGUGACGAGAGAGGCGUCACCGUCCUCAGGUACACGAGACUCUCCCUACAGAUCUCUCCGAGAUGUUGGCGGCAGGAACCAAAGAAGUUCACGAGAAGGCCGAAAACACCGAGUUUGUCAAAGACUUCCUGAAGGGACGCAUCCGCAAAGAGCUCUUUAAGCUCGGUCACGUGGCUUUGUUCUUCACGUAUUCUGCGCUGGAAGAGCAGAUAGAGAGAAAUAAAGAGCAUCCUCACUUGGCGGCGCUCUACUUCCCCCAUGAGCUGCACCGGCGGGACGCUCUGGCUCGGGAUCUGAGGUACUUCUACGGCGAGGACUGGCAGAACCAGAUCAGCAUCUCUCCCGCCACUCAGCGUUACGUGGAGCGCAUCCGGCAGAUCGGCCGGGACCAGCCCGCGCUUCUCGUGGCUCACGCUUACACCCGCUACAUGGGCGACCUCUCGGGCGGCCAGGUGCUGAGGAAGGUGGCCCAGCGCGCCAUGAAGCUGCCGCACACAGGAGAAGGCCUCAACUUCUACCAGUUCGACAGCAUCCACAGCGCCAAGGCCUUCAAACAGCUGUACCGCAGCCGGAUGAACGAGCUGGAGCUGGACGCACUCACCAAGCAGAAGAUCGUGGAGGAAGCCGUCCUGGCCUUUCAGUUCAACAUGGAGAUCUUUGGAGAACUAGAGGAGGCUGGAAAAACCCUUCAGGACGAUGUUUUGGAUGCCGCUCCUGUUCAUGGAGAGAUGCAAGGAGACAUCAGCCAGUGUCCUUACUAUGCGGCCAAAAUGGCUGCCAGCGAUGGAUCAUCUUACAUUUGUCAAAUGGCCAUGACCGUGCUUAAAAAUCCUUCCGGUCAAGUCCUAUUGGCCGCCUGGAUCGCUGCUCUAGCCGGAUUGGCUGCUUGGUACCUCAUGUGACCUGCUGUUACCCAAUGAGAGGAGAGAUAAUAGACGAGAACAAAUAGUUUGUUCUGCUUUAAAGUCGCGAGGCAUUUCAAUGCAUUUCCCUUUUAGUGCAUCCCAUCUGCCCCCUUGUUCUUGGGUAAGCGUGAUUAAUUCUGAAUGUAUGAACAUUGCAUAUUAGUUUAUGCAUAGUGGGUGAUUGUGGGAGUCGUUACUGCUUCACAUGGCAGUGUUGAUGAAGUAAGAAGAGUAAAUCAGCCAAAAAUGAAACUUUACUGAAAUUGAAUGGGUGCCGCCAUCAGAAUGAUUCCAAACAGCUGAAAAAAAAUCCAAAAAAAAUCCAUCCCGUUUUCCUCUCACAUCAUAUUUAUUAUCUGUGCAUAUUUCUCACCUGAUUCAGACAGACUUUAUGCAGUAUUAUGGCGUAUGGACUCAUACAAAUGUCUUCAUGAUGGAUUUGUUUCUUACAAACACUUUUUUUUUUCAUUCAUUGAUGGACUGAAGUGAUGUGAAUUGUGAUGUAUUUAUCAGAUGUUUGGACUCUCAUUCUGACGGCACCCAUUCACUGCAGAGCAUCCACUGAUGAACAAGUGAUGCAAUGCAAUACAUACUCUACGAAAGUAUGUAAAUGCAAAUGCUUAUGUGUCUUCAACACCCAGUUUCUCUUCGGUUUGAUGAGACAGACAAGUAAAGGAAACUCUGUCGCCCCUUUUGAGGUUCAAUAUCGCAAAAGUAACAUAAAUGUGGGUAUACAAAAGGGUGAGGCACAUGCAAAACAUUUGCAAACUUGUGCAGAGUAUGUUUAUGCAAAUAAGUACGUGAUUUAAUUGGCUCAUUUCUCAAGCUUGCUCUCAAAUGAGAUAUGCUAUGCAUACAUGCAGCAUUUACAAAGAAAAGCUGCACUUCUGCAGGCGUCGUGUCAGGAGGUGACUGGCACAGCGGUUCAUGAAGAAAAGCCUUUUUGAAGAGGUUUAGAAGAAGAAUUGCACAUUAAGGUAUUUUUUUGUCUCAUUAUAUGAUCUAUUACAGACCGGCAUUCAGGGUUAUUCUACACAGACGGUUUAAGCACAAUAUUUAUGGAUUUUGGUUUCAGUGAUGUUGCCAAAAUGUUUCCUAUGGAAGCCCAUUUUCACCACUGCAUAAAAAAAAAAGGUAUUUUUUUCUAUUUUGUUUUUCCUCUCACAAUUGCACAUUUACAUCUCGCAAUUUUAUUUUAUUUUUUUCUCAGUAUUUCGGGAUAUAAAUUGUUAAUUGUUGAGGGCAAAAAAUAUAUAUCGUAAUUCUUUUUUUUUUUUUCUUGCAACAUAGUUUUAUUCGUAAUUCGCGUAAUUUCGCAAUACGCAACUUAAUUUCAACAGAAUUGCGUUAAAUAAAAUCACAGUUUUGAGAAAAAAAAUUGUUGCUGCUGUGUUUCUAUCAUGCAAUUUUGACGUUACGACUCGUAAUUGUACGUUUAUAUCGCGCAAAUCUGAAAAAAUUCGCCAUUACCUUUUUUAAGUUUUAUUCGGUGGCUUGAGCUUUCAUAGUUUUCACUAGUGGUUGACCUGAGACUAGUUUUUAAAUGGCCAAUGAUGUCUAGAAGGCAUAAAUAACCAAUAAGCCGAUAUUAGGUGAAUAUUUGAAAGCAAUUAAAACAGUGCUGAAUUACUGUACUGUAUUUGUACAAGCUAGAAUAUUUUUAGCUGAUACAUUGAUCUGAAAUUAUUAACACUUUACAAUAAGAUUCAUUAGUUAACAUGAACUAAGCCUGAACAAUACUUUUACAGUAUUUGUUCAUCUUAGUUCAUGUUAAUCUACCAAUGCAUUAUAUAAAUCAACGGUUGUGCUUGUUAACAUUAGUUAAUGCGCUGUAACUGCAUUUUCAUUUACAAAGACUAAUAACUACUGUAAUAAAUGAAUUGUUCAUUGUUUAAUACAUUAACUAAUUGAACCUUAUUGUAAAGUGUUAGCAUUAACAUCUAUGGUUGCUAUAAUUUCAUGAAAAGGAGACUUCUGGAUGGUUUCGUUCCCGUAGAUGUUAGAUAUUAACACACUAACAUGUGCAAUGUCCACCAAGGCACUGUGACAUGAUGCAUUUGAAAAGGAUUGUGGGGUUUGUGUAUCCGUCCUCCUUUACUGAGGCAUGUGUUUGUUAAUGAACAGUAUUUCUCUCAAAGACGUAUAUGAUUUAGUUUUAUAUGAGAGCUAACACAAGCACAUCAUUUUACUGAUGAAUACUGUUCUUGAAGUGUUUCGUGUAAAACCAAAUCCAUGGACUUGGGCUUUUUGAACCAAAGGAAGUGUUACUUUGCAUUACUAAUCAGAUCAUAAAAUCCAUCGACUGCAAAGGCAUGUCAGUAUUUUGUUGUGUUUGGGUUUUAAGCACAUUUUGUAUUUUGAGUUACUGAAACAUUUGUAUUUUUUUAAAGCACAUUGAUAGGAAUGCUGUUGAUAUGAAAUACAGUGUUUUAUUUAGACAUUUCCUGUGUAGUUAAACAUUUAUCAUAUUCUCAAUACUGUAUUUUAAGGUUUAGAAAAGUGUUUUGGGAGUGUUUUUUUCACCUCCAGCUCCGUGUUCACUGUAAUGAGUAAUAAAUUCACAACUGUGCUACA